AUGUGGUACGACUCGUUCGACAACGGUGAGCCAUUGCAGCUAUCGCAGGAUAACGACGCAGGUUCCUAUCAAUUGUUUGGAACCUUCAGUGAAAAAAUGUCUCAAGAUGACUUCGAUGAUUUCACAGAACAAGAAAUGCAACAGCCAAUAAACAGCUACAAACCUCGGUUUCCGACCGAGGCAUGGCCUGAGAAGAAUAACUCAUGGUACAUGCAGGAAAUUCCAUUAGAUUAUUAUUCACCCGGAAGUGAAAGGACUCAAAGUGAGCAUGCGCAGAUAGGCUUCGAAGGUCCACCUGUCAACUGGUUUUCUGAAGUUCCGGAGGAAAGAAAUAAUGUUCAGGUAUGGUGGAAGGUCUUAAAAUAUGCUCUAUAAAAUCAAAAUUCCGAAAUUAUCUAAGACAGUUAUCCUUCUGUUCGGUGCUCAUUACAAACACCGUAACAGAAUCAAUAAACUCUUUUCUACUUUGUAUUACCUGAUUACCCUAACUUCUUUUACCUAUUUUAUCGCCACUCAGUCCGCUCGUUUCAUCCUGAUCUAAGCAGUACUAGGGCGACAGCCACGCGAAGGCUGUACUAUAAUUCAACGCUCAAUUAGAGGUACCCCUUGUACCCACUUGAAAAGGAGCAUAGGCAACCACUGCGAACGUCAGAAAAAUAAGUGGUUUCAUAAUUAUGAGAAAAACAACACCACUCCAGUUUGCACAUUUCUUCGACGUUCACUGCACGACGUGAAAUUUCCCCAAAACCGCGUUUUAUGGAGGACGUGAACACGCGAUGACGAAUUGUACUUUCUCUUUUCGCGCUUGACCUUAAACACAGUCCUCAGCUAAGAAUUCAGCUCUUGAACAGUUCGUCUACAUUUUCGAAAUAAACCGUCUAAAAGGCAUUAAAGAAAAGUCAAGAUUCAUUUCUUUUAAUGACGUUGAACGCCGUCACCAUUUUUGCCUGAGCUGUGAUUUUUUCUUUAAACUACUGAUCCCUGCACUCAGGCUAAGUUUAAUCACUGAUCUCAUAGGCAGGCAACUGGCAGGCAACCGUUGCUAACUGGCAAUUUCAAGUGUCAUUUCCGUAGGCAUCUCGCUCCAGAGUAUGGAACGUUCUACUUCAUGAUUAUACAGUCCACUAAUACGUACCCCUUACAGCGGGCUUAGCGCGCGCUGUGAGAAGGCUCCGCCCAAAGUUGAUUAGCGCGCUAAGCAAGAAGCGGUAGUUACCAAUUUAAACUUAAAGGUGUCCACUAAAUCUUGUUUCUAAACUUGGAAUGAACUUUGUAGCUUUAGUGAUGAAAAAAGAAAAUAACCUUCUCGAUUUUUUGGCGGGAUUUUUUUGGCGUAUUUUCUUUGUUUUUGUGGCGAGAGUACGUAUAACUAUGCAUGAGUCAGAUAAGUUAUGCAAGAAGUGCAUAAGUUGGGUAUAAUUACGCACACCACCACUAUGCAACAGCGGGUCAAGGCGUUUUACCUCAUAUACUAUUAAUUUUGAGGUAACUGGUAUAACGCUCACUUCAGUUUGGGUGUUGUGACACGAUAAGAAAGGUUGUCUGUUAGGGUAAAAUCGUAACCACUAAAUAAUUGAUCGUUACUAUUAUUCUUUGCAGGAAAGGAGCACGGUUCUUAAUAACAUCCAGAAUUUGCGUUCGACACGUUUCACGAUAGACGAGGAAAUCGCAGAACAGAAGACCCUAAACGCUUCCAUUUUAAAACAGUCAUCCGCAGUGAAAGAGCACAUUUAUAAAAUGAUUUCACAAAAUGAAAACCUGCAAAACGAAUCCCAAAUCAUGGAAAACAAAAAUCUUGAAUUAGAAGCCAAACUGGAUCAAGAAACACGGCGGUUGGCAGAGAGUAUUAGAAGUAAAAGAAGAGAUAUGUCGGAAAUUAGAUAUGACGCCGAAGUGAUACAGGCUCGAAGGGAGGAAAAGGCGGAAAUAACCGAAGAGAUCAAAGACCUUCGGAUGAGCUUCGAGGAUGUAGAUCUAGAUAUUUACUGGCUGGAGCAUUUUUACAAGGUUGACUAUGACAAGAUGGUCAUCUUUCCUUUCUGGAAAUUAGAGCAGGAUUUGGAGAGAGCUCUUCAAGGCGAGGACCCCACUCUCUAUAAAGAAGAGGGACCACAAGAGAGAGAUCAUGAAGCUGAAGGAGAUGGUUAUGAUUAUGAAGAUGAUGACUUCUUUGACUAUGAGGAGACAAUUGACGAAGACGAAAAGGUAAGUUAAGACUGAACUCGAUCGGUUAACCCGCUCUCGCCGUUGGCUACCUUUACAACAAAACGUUCCCAAAAAAAACUUCAUUCCUUUAUCUGUCUGAAAGAAAAAUAUUGUAGAAGGCAGUAUUAUUAAGACGGCAGACCACAGGAUCUCAUUGGCAGACUUACAGUAGAUAUAGGACCACUGUACAACCUGCAAAAAGAGCCCCUGAAAAGGUUUCGUGUGACAUUCACACCACACGGUUUCGUUUCCAUACUUUAAAGCUAACACCUGCAUAAUUAGUGAUCCCAUCGUGGAAAAGUACUUGAUGAGCAGUCCCGAUUAAGACAACUGAGUUUCGUUGCUGCAAACAGUCACGCUAUAGGUUUUCAUCUGCAAAAAAUAAUUUUAAAAGCGGCUUAGACCAAUAGCUAAUGAUAAUAAAGGUUUUCUUUUUUGGUUGCAAAUAGCUUUUUGAUUGUGCAUGGAUUUGACCUCAAUAAGAACAUGUUUAAACAAAGUGUUUAUGGGGAGUGUAAAAACGGUGGAUGUCGUUUAGCACUGAUCAGCGGUACACACCAAAAGUUGAGAUAAAUUUUUUACGUUCUAAUAUUUAUUUCUACGCCUAGAAGAAAGAUAUAAUUAUUAAGAAGUAUUGCUUCCUUAAUUGUGUUCAGACAUUUUCGAGAUAAAUCUAAUUUAAAGCACAACACGUAUUUGACUUUUUCUAGUCCAUAGACGACUUUGAAGAGGAAUCGGCCAAAGAAGACGCCACACCUGAAAGUGACACCUGUCAACCAGCAAACCGGGACUCUGAAACUGACAACUGCAAAUCUAAGUCAGGAAGAUUGAAUGUUCUCAAACUUGGCCGCAGAUUUAAUAGCUUUAUCGCAAAUAUAUCCUCUGGCUUUGGAAGGAGUGCUGGACAAAAGUUGCCAAAGAAGAAGGUAAAUGUUAAUGGGAGACAG